CGCUUUUUCGCUUAUAGCACUAUUGCUUACAUGCAGCGCUUUCGGUCGUUCGUCUUGACUGUAGCGCAAAAACGUUAGCAUCAAGACGAACGCCCCAUUUAAACGAAGCGAAAGCUAAAUAUGGCGGUGCAAUUAUUAACAGUUUCGGUACAGGAAUUGUGUGAUAUGAUAUUCUCAUCGUCUUCGUCUGAAGAAAGUGAGGAUGACGUGGAAGUAAUAAAUUUACUAUAUAUGCAAGAAAAAAAAGAAUUAGUUCCACGACUUUUAAACUAUGUAGAGGUUAUUUUACCACAAUAUAACAAUGCGCAGUUUAAAUCUCAUUUUCGAAUGCAGCGUUCGACAUUUAACUAUAUCUUUGAGCUUUUAAAGAACACACUAACAAGAAAAAAGCCUGGAUGUCAAACAAUAUCGCCCGAAAAGCAACUUUUAAUAGCUAUUUGGAAAAUGUCAACGCCUGAUUCAUACAGGUCGAUUUGUGAAAAAUUUAAUGUUGGACGUGCCACUGCUUUGAAAUCUGUGAGGAGAGUUGUGAAGGCUUUAAUUAAUUUUGCUCCAGUUUUUAUUAAAUGGCCUAAUGAAGAAAAAGCAAUUGAAAUAUCAAAUGGAUUUUUGCAAACAAGUGGUUUUCCUAAUAUUAUUGGAGUAAUAGAUGGAACACAUAUCAACAUUCGUGCUCCACAUCUGGAUCCAAAAUGUUACGUAAAUCGUAAAGGCCGCUAUUCAAUUCACUUACAGGCAGUGUGCGACCACCAAUGUCGUUUUACUCAUUGUUAUAUAGGAAACGUUGGUUCAGUUCAUGACAGCAGAGUAUUUCGGCUCUCAGAAGUUUACGAUUAUCUCGACGAUCCGACAAAAUUUCCACAUGAUUCACAUUUAAUUGGCGAUGGANCUUAUACUAUUCAUGAACGUCUUCUUAUUCCAUAUCGUGAUAAUGGCCAUUUAUCUAACAGACAGAAGAAUUUUAAUUUCUGCCUUGCAUCAGCUCGAAUUCCGAGGUACAACGAAAUCCUACUCGUGCUGAACUCGCAGCAGCAAAUCGACGUGGUGUAA